GGGUUGGGUUUGCAAACAGGACCGCUAUUAAAGGCAGAGGCUUGACUUUAACCUGACCUGGGAGUAAACUGGAGUGGCUGAGUAACACUGUAGAAAAGAGAGGACAUCAUUCAGGAUGCCAGAACCAGCCAAAAAAACAGUUUCAGCAUUUUCCAAGAAACCAAAGACUCAGGAGGCAGAGGAAGGCUCCUCAGUGACUUUUGAAGCCGAGACCGAAAAGUCUGAAGCUAAAGUAAAAUGGCAGUGCAACUCAAAGGACAUUGCCAGUGGCAACAAAUAUGCAAUCACUACCAUCGGAAACAAGCACUCCCUUACUAUAAGAAACAUCACAGAGGAAGAUGCCAAUGUCUAUGCUGUGAUUGCUGGUGGUUCAAAGGUCAAGUUUGAGCUGCGGAUCGUAACAAAGCCAGAGGAUCCAGCUGAGGCACCCGUUGGUGAACCUGGAGAUGUUACACCUGACCAGGCCUCGGUUCCACAUCCCGCAGCUUCCACACAGGGAGGAACCUCUGCCACGACACAAGAUGCUAACCCAGCUGAGGGUGCACACCCUCCAGACACUAGACAGGACUUGACUGGACUCUUCACAGAGAAACCUCAGAGUGGAGAAGUCACCGUGGGUGAAAACAUCACAUUUGUGGCCAGAGUAAAUGCUGAAUCACUUCUGAAGAAACCCAGUGUGAAAUGGUUCAAAGGGAAGUGGAUGGACUUGGCAAGCAAAUGUGGAAAACACCUGCAGCUAAAGGAAACUUACGACCGCAACACCAAGGUUUACACAUUUGAGAUGCACAUCAUUGUUGCGAAAGCUAACUUUGCUGGAGGUUACAGAUGUGAAGUUUCAUCCAAGGACAAGUUUGACAGCUGUAAUUUUGACUUGACUGUACAUGAGGCACGGGCUCCUGAAGGUCUGGAUAUAAGAGCAGCUUUUAGGCGCACGAGUGAAGGCGGUAAGAAGAGAAGUGGACCAGCAACAAGUAGCACAGAUGGUAGAGAAGAUUCAGGAGAGCUGGACUUCAGCACCUUAUUAAAAAAGAGAGAGUCCAUUAAAGCAAUGCACAUGAACACAGAUCCUGAUGUUGAUGUGUGGAACAUCCUCAGCCACGCUCCCACUUCAGAAUAUGAAAAGAUUGCUUUCCAAUAUGGCAUCACCGACCUGAGAGGCAUGCUCAAGAGACUGAAGAAGAUGAAGAAGGAAGAGAAAAAAAGUGAAGCAUUCCUCAAAAAGCUGGAUCCUGCCUAUCAGGUGUUAAAGGGACAUAAGAUAAAGCUUGCAGUUGAGGUUGCCAAUGAAGAUGUAGAGGUGAAGUGGUUUAAGAAUGGACAAGAAAUUCAAAAGUCUGGAAGCAAGUACCUAUUUGAGAGCGUUGGCAACAUGCGCUACCUUACCAUUAACCACUGCUCCUUAGCAGAUGACGCAGCUUACACCUGUGUGGUGGGAGAUGAGAAAUGCACAACAGAGCUCUUUGUUAAAGAGCCCCCUGUCACAAUAGUAAAAAAUCUGGAGGAUCAGAUGGUGAUGAAAGGUGAGCGGGUAGAGUUAGAAUGCGAAGUGUCAGAAGAAGGAGCCACUGUGAAAUGGGAGAAAGAUGGUGUUGAACUAACCAGAGAUGAAUCUUUGAAAUAUCGCUUCAAGAAAGAUGGCUGCAAACACGUGCUGAUCAUUAAUGAAGCCAGCAAAGACGACGGUGGACACUACAAGGUCAAAACAAACGGAGGAGAGUCUGUCGCUGAACUGCUGGUGCAGGAGAAAGAACUGGAGAUCUACCAGAGCAUUGCGGACCUCACGGUAAAGGCAAAGGAUCAGGCGGUGUUCAAAUGCGAAGUGUCGGACGAGAAUGUGAGGGGAACCUGGUACAAGAACGGUGUUGAAGUCAAGCCUGACACCAGGACAAACAUCUCCCAUAUUGGAAGAAUCCACAAACUGACCAUCGAUGAGGUGAAACCGGAGGAUGAGGGAGACUAUACUUUUGUGCCAGAUGGCUAUGCUUUCAACCUUUCUGCUAAACUCAAUUUCUUGGAGGUGAAGAUCGAUUAUGUGCCACGCCAAGAUCCUCCCAAGAUCCACCUUGACUGCAUGGGCCGCACUGCUGAUUCAACUAUCAUAGUGGUGGCUGGAAACAAACUGCGUCUGGACGUCCCUAUCACUGGAGAUCCUGCUCCCACGGUGAUCUGGACCAAAGGAGAGAAGGCUAGUUCUGUAAGACCUGAUGGAGAAGAGAACGCAGGGCACUCAGCCUGUUGGACCCUAAAUGAUGGAGAGGUCAUCACAGAAGGAGACGGCAGGGUCCAUGUGGAAUCCACCAAGGGACACUGUAUCUUUACUAUUGAGGGUGCUGAGAGACAAGACGAGGGGGUUUAUUCUGUGGUGGUUCGAAACCCAGCAGGGGAAGACACAGCUGAUAUCAAUGUCAAAGUUGUUGAUGUUCCAGAUCCUCCCCAGGCUCCUAAAAUCCUCAGCUUGGGGGAGGAUUCCUGCAUUGUUCAGUGGGAGCCCCCUCAUUUCGAUGGUGGAGAGCCAAUCAUCGGUUAUGUCCUGGAAAGGAAGAAGCUGAGGAGCUAUAGGUGGAUGCGACUGAACUUUGACCCUUACCCUGAAACAACCUAUGAGGCCAGGCGCAUGAUUGAAGGGAUGACAUACGAGAUGAGAGUCUAUGCCGUCAACAACAUUGGCAUGUCUCAUCACAGUCCAGCCUCCCAGCCAUUUGUGCCAGUUGCCCCCACCAGCGAGCCCAUCGGACUGCACGUCGAAGACAUCAGUGACACUUCAAUCACGCUGAAGUGGCGAGCACCGGAGAGGGUCGGCGCUGCUGAGCUCGAGGGUUACGGGGUCGAGUACUGCAAGGAGGGCACUGACGAAUGGGUACCAGCUAUUCAGGGUCUUACAGAGAGAUCAUCAAUGACUAUCAAAAACCUGACCACAGGAGACAAACUCCUGUUCAGAGUGCGAGCCUACAACAUGGCAGGGCCCAGUCCUCCGGCUGUUCUGGCUCAGCCUGUGACUAUCAGGGAAAUCAUGCAGCGCCCAAAGAUUUGGCUUCCACGAAAUCUCCGCCAAACUCUCAUCAAGAAAGUUGGAGAAUCUGUUAACGUUAUGAUCCCUUUCCAGGGUAAACCCCGGCCAAAGGUUACUUGGAGUAAAGAUGGAGAACCUCUCCAACCCUCAUUUGCAAGCAUUAGGAACAGCGAAUUUGAUUCGAUCCUCUUCAUCCGGAAUACGGAGAGAAAGCACUCUGGGCAGUAUGAUCUCAAAGUGCAGAUCGAGAAUGUGGAAGACACAGUUAAAGUUAUGCUGCAGAUUGUUGAUCUCCCAGGGCCACCCGAAGCACUGAAAAUUGUGGAUGUGUGGGGUUUUAAUGUGGCACUGGAGUGGAAGCAGCCCAAGGAUGAUGGUAACUGUGAAAUAAGUGGCUACACAGUUCAGAAAGCCGACAAGAAGACCAUGGAAUGGUUUACAGUCCACGACCACUACAGAAGAACACACUGCGUGGUGUCUGACCUCAUCAUGGGGAAUGAGUACAUCUUCCGAGUGUUUUCCAUUAACCUGGUAGGCCUCAGCCACGAGCCCUGCACCACAAAGGAAAGUGUGUUCAUCCAGAAAUCAGGUAUGGACUACAAGUCUCCCACAUACAAGGAGCAUGACUUCUCGGAGGCGCCUAAGUUCACACAUCCUUUAGUGAACCGAUCUAUAAUAGCAGGAUACAACGCCACCCUCAGCUGUGCUGUGCGAGGAAUACCAAAGCCCAAAGUGACCUGGUACAAAAACAAAAUGGACAUCUCCAAUGAAGCCAAGUAUCGCAUGUUGUCUAAGCAAGGUAUUCUGACGCUGGAGAUCCGUAAGCCGGGUCCCUUCGAUGGUGGCGUGUACACGUGCAAAGCUGUCAACGACAAAGGGGAGGACGUGGUGGAGUGCAAACUAGAGGUUCGACCCCAGCUUGCUAAAGAAGAAAAGAAAGAUGCCAAUAAAUGAGGGUUCUGUUUCUGAAUGAAGAGGUGGUGAAUAGUGUCUUCAACACGAUGCUUAAAUUAAUUCACUAACUGUGCUUAACCAACAAUAUCUUUGUAUUUAAUCAUCUGCAGACAUUUUGGGGUUCUUCAGGGCCAGGAUUGAACUGCCAGGCCUCAUCAAUAUUAAUCACUAAUAUGUUAUUCUGCAUGCAAGUUCUAGUUUUAUCAAAGUGGUUUCUGCUCUUUUCAAACUUUAGGAAGAUUGGGAUUUUUCUGUUUAGAAAAAAUCAUAUAUGAUAGAUAAAAAUAAGUAUCAAAUGUUUGAUAAUAAUGUUUGGAUCAGUGUGUGUAUAAAACCAUAUAAAACCAAA